AAAAUGUUAGUGUAGUUAAUCCGAAUCUGUUGAACUUGGCUUCUUCUCAUCCCGCCUAGCAACAAAAUAUCUCUCUCUACUCAGACGGUUGUGAUAAAGUGAGUUCAUAAUCCCAUGAACGAGGAUACUCCAAAACCAAACCACAAUCAUGUAUAUCUCUGUCUCCUCCACAGGAUUACUCACUCUUACACCUUCCACACCCAUACCCUUCACACUUUCUGUUUCAAACAGACGCACCAUUAUCGUUUCCUCUUCAAUUUCCUCUACAGAUUCUUCUCCACAACAACUCAACAACAAUUCCAAUAACAAUGACAAUAAAACUGUCCCUGUUGUUAAAUUCAACUAUAGCAGAGCAUCACCUUCAAUUCGAUGGCCCAAUUCCAAACUCUCUCAUAUGUAUCCUUCCACAGACACCCAUUUCUCUCAAAACGAUGUUUUCGUAAAAAAGACUCAAACUUUGGAAACCCCGGAUGAAACCCACAAACGGAAUGAUAAUGAAGAAGAAGGUGAAAUUAUGAGGGACAGUAGAAGCAAGAUGAAGGUCAAAAGGAUGAACAAAUGGGUGCUCAGAAAAGAGAUGAAUUGGAGGGAAAGAGUGAAAACGUUAACUAAUAGGAUUUUGGGUUUGAAGUCUGAUGAGUUUGUUGGUGAUGUGUUGGAACAACACAGAGUUAUGAUGACACCAGUUGAUUUUUGCUUUGUGGUUAAAUCGGUUGGUCAAACGAGUUGGCAGCGCGCGCUUGAGCUUUACGAGUGUUUGAAUAUGCAGCAAUGGUAUGCACCUAAUGCAAGGAUGGUUUCCACUAUUUUGGGUGUGCUUGGGAAGGCUAAUCAAGAGGAAAUUGCUGUUGAAGUUUUUACGAAAGCUGAGUCGAUUAUAGAUGAUACUGUCCAAGUGUAUAAUGCUAUGAUGGGUGUUUAUGCAAGGAGUGGAAAUUUUGAUAAGGUAAAGCAGGUGUUUGAUUUAAUGCGUGAAAGAGAGUGUCAGCCUGAUAUUGUUAGUUUGAAUACUUUGAUUAAUGCAAAGGUGAAGUCUUGUGCUAUUGUGUCUGGUUUAGCUAUUUUGGAUGAAGUAGGUAAGUUUGGUCUUAGACCGGAUAUAAUAACCUAUAAUACGCUUAUAAGUGCUUGUUCUAGAGAGUGUAAUUUAAAGGAAGCAAUUGUUGUUUUUAGUGACAUGGAGACUAACGGUUGCCAACCAGAUCUUUGGACUUAUAAUGCUAUGAUUUCGGUUUAUGGUAGAUGUGGGUUUGCUUUGAAAGCUGAGCAUCUUUUUGAAGAAUUGAAGUCUAAGGGAUUUUCACCUGAUGCAGUCACAUAUAACUCUUUGUUAUAUGCUUUUUCAAAAGAAGGAAAUACGGAAAAGGUAAGGGAUAUUUGUGACGAAAUGGUGAAAAUGGGGUUUCGCAAGGAUGAAAUGACAUACAACACUAUUAUACACAUGCAUGGGAAGCAUGGCCGGCACGAUGAGGCAUUACAGGUUUACAGAGACAUGAAGUCAUCUAAAAGGAACCCUGAUGCGGUUACAUAUACUGUUUUGAUCGAUUUGCUCGGGAAAGCAAGUAAGAUUGAGGAAGCUGCAAAAGUUAUGUCAGAAAUGUUGGAUGCAGGUGUUAAGCCGACUUUGCACACGUAUAGUGCUUUAAUUUGUGCUUAUGCAAAGGUUGGGAAGCGAGCAGAAGCUGAAGAAACAUUUAAUCGCAUGCGUGAGUCAAAUAUAAAAGCUGAUCAUCUAUUAUACUCAGUUAUGUUGGAUUUCUUUUUGAGAUUCAACGAGAUAAAAAAGGCUAUGGUGUUGUAUCAGGAAAUGAUUCAGGAAGGCUUCACGCCGGAUAAUGGUCUUUAUGAGGUUAUACUACCUGCACUUGUUAGGGAAAACAUGGGGGAUGUUGUUGAAAGAAUUGUUCGAGAUAUGGAAGAGCUGAGCGGUAUGAACCCACGUGAUAUUUCAUCGGUUCUUGUUAAAGGGGGGUGUUAUGAUCACGGUGCUAAAAUGUUGAAAGUUGCCAUCAGCAAUGGCUAUGAAUUGGAUCGUGAAAUUUUCUUAUCCCUCAUGAGCUCAUAUAGCUCAUCUGCUAGAUAUUCAGAAGCAUGUGAACUUCUUGAAUUCUUUAGAGAACAUGCUCCCAGCGACGUUCAAAUGAUCACAGAAGCACUCGUCAUUAUACUUUGCAAAGCUGGAAAGCUAGAUGCAGCCUUGGAGGAAUACAGAAGUAGAGGAGGACUUGGUUCAUUUACGAGUUGUACGAUGUAUGAAUCUCUUAUUCAAGGAUGUGUGAAGAGUGAACAAUUUGACAUAGCUUCUCAGCUUUUCUCUGACAUGAGAUUCAAUGGUGUUGAGCCAUCUGAAUCUCUGUACCAGAGUAUGGUGUCUGUAUACUGCAGAAUCGGCUUCCCGGAGACAGCACACCAUUUGUUGUAUCAUGCAGAGAAAAAUGACAUUAUACUGGAUAAUCUAACUGUUCAUAUUAUCGAUAUCGUUGAAACGUAUGGAAAGCUAAAGAUGUGGGAAAAUGCAGAAAGUAUAGUGGAGAAUCUUAGGCAAAAAUAUUCAAAAAUCGACAGAAAGGUUUGGAAUGCUUUAAUUAAUGCUUAUGCAUUCAGCGGUUGUUACGAACGAGCAAGAGCUAUUUUUAAUACAAUGAUGAAAGACGGCCCUUCCCCGACCGUAGAAUCCGUAAAUGGUCUCUUACAAGCUUUAAUUGUUGAUGGGAGACUGAAUGAGCUUUAUGUUGUAAUUCAGGAGUUGCAAGACAUGGACUUCAAGAUUAGUAAAAGUUCUAUUCUUUUGAUGCUUGAAGCAUUUGCUCGUGCAGGAAACUUAUUUGAGGUGCAGAAAGUAUACAAUGGAAUGAAAGCUGCUGGUUAUUUUCCUACCAUGCAUCUUUACAGAAUUAUGAUUGGAUUGCUGUGCAGAUUCAAAAGAGUACGAGAUGUAAGAGUCAUGUUGAGCGAGAUGGAGGAGGCGGGAUUUAAGCCCGAUCUUCAAAUUUUUAAUUCUGUACUUAAAUUAUACUCAAGUAUUGAAGAAUUCAAACACAUGGCUGAUAUUUACCAGAUGAUGCAAGAUGCUGGUCUUACACCAGACGAGGAAACUUAUAAUACAUUAAUUACAAUGUACUGCAGAGACCAUAGACCAGAAGAAGGUUUGUCAUUGAUGCAUAAAAUGAAAAAUCUUGAGUUGGAACCUAAGCGAGACACUUACAGAAGCAUGAUUGCAGCAUUCAGUAAGCAGCAACUCUAUGAUCAGGCUGAGGAACUUUUUGAAGAGCUUAGAUCGAAUGGUUAUAAACUGGACCGCUCGUUUUAUCAUUUAAUGAUGAAAAUGUAUAGAACUUCUGGGGAUCAUCAGAAAGCUGAAAAUCUGUUAGCCAUGAUGAAAGAAGCAGGGAUAGAACCCAAUACUGCAACCAUGCAUAUGCUAAUGGUUUCUUACGGUAAAUCUGGGCAACCUGAAGAAGCUGACAAAGUCCUUAAAAGCUUGAGAACAAUGGGAGCAGUUCUGGAUACCUUGCCUUAUAGCUCUGUUAUUGAUGCAUACCUCAAAAAAGGAGAUGCAAAUGCCGGAAUCGAGAAGCUUGCUGAGAUGAAGGAAGCAGCCAUAGAACCAGAUCAUCGAAUAUGGACGUGCUUUAUCAGAGCCGCAAGCUUGUCUGAGGAAGCAAAUGAUGCCAUUAAUCUUUUAAAUGCACUUCAAGGUGUUGGAUUUGAUCUUCCAAUCAGGCUUCUAAGAGAAAAAUCCGAGUCGUUAGUUUCUGAGGUUGACCAAUGUCUGGAGAGACUAGAACAUGUGGAAGAUAAUGCAGCUUUUAACUUUGUCAAUGCUUUGGUGGAUCUCUUGUGGGCAUUUGAACUCCGAGCCACUGCAUCAUGGGUUUUCCAAUUAGCAAUCAAGAAAAACAUUUAUCGCCAUGAUAUAUUCAGAGUUGCUCAGAAGGACUGGGGGGCUGAUUUUAGAAAGCUCUCGGCCGGCUCAGCUCUUGUUGGUCUUACAUUAUGGCUUGACCACAUGCAGGACGCCUCAUUGGAGGGCUAUCCAGAGUCACCAAAAUCAGUUGUACUUAUAACAGGAACAGCAGAAUAUAACAUGGUAUCGCUCGAUAGCACAUUAAAGGCGUGCCUUUGGGAAAUGGGAUCGCCUUUUCUUCCUUGUAAGACAAGGCACGGUGUUCUUGUAGCCAAGGCUCACUCUCUUCGAAUGUGGCUAAAAGACUCCCCGUUUUGCUUGGAUCUCGAGUUAAAAGAUUCCCCGAAACUCCCUGAACUAAAUUCAAUGCAACUUAUCAAUGGAUGCUUUAUAAGGCGCGGCCUUGUUCCAGCGUUCCACGAAAUUACUGAGAAACUAAAAGUUGUGAGUCCCAAGAAAUUUUCUAGAUUGGCUUUAUUGCCUGAUGAUAAGAGAAGUAAAGUCAUGCAAGCUGAUAUAGAGGGAAGGAAAGAGAAGUUGGAAAAACUAAAAAGGGCUGAUCCUCGACAGGUGAUGAAGAUCAAGAGGAUUAGGAAGAAGAAAUUUAUUCGGGAAGCUUUGGAGUACCGAGGAAAUGCAAUUGGGAAACAAAGGACUUUCAAACCAAUUGCUGCAAAUAAAUCGAUAGAAAGUGAGAGAUACGAUGACAGAUAAGUUAAGUUAAGGUUGUCUGUAGCUUAGCCCUUAAUGUUCUAUAGCCGAAGCUUUCAUGAAGCAUGCUAUAACAGAAGCUCUAUAGCCUCAACUUGUCCUUUUUGGUGCAAAAUCAAGCAAUGUAAUGCCAAAUAUUGUACAUAAAUUGUUAACAAAGACUGUUAUAACGAGUAUUUUACUAGUGUUCAUCGCAUUUUUUUCGCCUUAUAUUUAAUUUGUAGAUCAGAAAAUUUGAUUACUUUAGGUUUGUGGAUGAAAUCUUGUAAACUUUUUCUUUUAUUGAUGGCUGCAAGUAUGAGACAAU